UUCAUACAACCAUAAAAACCAAAGAAUCAUCUCACUGAAAAAACCUCACCAACAACCGCUAAUUAUCUAGUCGAUCUCUAUACAAUUCUUCACGCCUUUUAGAUCUCUGGCAUCAGUUUGUUUCAAUGGCAAUUGGGAUGGUGCUGAUAAAAUGCAUGUUUAUGAUGGUUUUGAGUGUGGGUUUUGUGAAAUCAGAUAUAGAUAAAGAUAGAGAAGAGUGUGCCACACAAUUAGUUGUUGUUGCUACAUGCCUACCUUAUGUUGGUGGAACGACAAAAGCUCCAACGCCGGAUUGUUGUACUGGUGUCAAGCAAGUUCUUACUAGUAGCAAGAAAUGUCUUUGUCUUCUUAUUAAAGACAGGAAUGAUCCUUCUCUGGGUCUCAAAAUCAACACUACUCUUUCUUUAGGACUUCCUUCUAUUUGUAAAACCAAAUCUGCAAUUUCUGAGUGCCCCGCUCUACUGCACUUGUCUCCUAAUUCACCUGAUGCCAAAGUGUUUGAGGAUUUUAAUAACAUUGCUAAUGGUAAUACUACUGCUAGUACUCCACCGGCGGCAUCCAAGGAAACUCCAAAGAGUGGCAGCAGUAAUGCAGGAGGAUCAAGUCCACCACCGAAGAAUAAUGGUGGAAUGAAAAUAAAUAGUUGGUUGGGACUGAAAAUGGUGGGCGGGGUUCUUUUAUGGUGCUUGACAUCAUACAGUUGAUUGUAGAUGAUGUCUUAAGUGAUUUAAUUAUUAGACAGUUGAGUUUAUUUAAAGAUCGUGUUAUCUCUUGUAUUAAAUUUUUUUUUUUUUUUUAUAAGCAAAGGCCUUCGACAA